CGUGGAAAGGAAGUAGCGAGCAGGCUAAAGCUAACGCAGAGCUGCGAGUCGAGCGACCAAAACAAACUAAGACGGCCGAGUAGGAGAGCUGAAAUAAACCCGAAUUAAUCCUGGAAUUUGACCUCAUUUGACAACUGUCCCAGACUUUGAUGUGGUAUAUUUACCGGUACAUGUUUACACAUGACAGACUUGUAGUGAGCAUCUAUGUUAAGUGUCGGUUUACCCGUUUUCCAGCUGAAAACUAUCUCGACUAGUGUCAGACCGCUAUAGCUAACGACUUUUCCAGCUUUUUAAACUAGUUUGACUGUAGCUCACCGUCCACAGAGGUUCUCAGGACAGAAUCAUUUCGGACUAACACCAACAGGUUAUUGUAAAUUAAUGUAAAAAAAAAAAAAAAUGCGGAGGGUGGUUAAGUGACGAGAGUGUAUCAACACCGAAACCGUUAAAGUCAACCAUUUGUGUUGCUAAUUAGCUUAGCUUCUUCAGAAUGAGUUGGUUCAAUGCUUCUCACCUGUCCAGCUUCGCUAAACAAGCUUUAACAACAGCCCAGAAGUCAAUUGACCGUGUUCUGGACAUCAAAGAGGAGGACCAAUGGGGGGAGACAACUGUAAUGCCUUAUGACGAUGUUACUGUACCUGGUAAGCUUUUGGUAAGUGGAGGAUGGGGAAUGGCACAGUGGGAAGCGCCUGCUGAAGAGACCGCCACACCUCCUACUUCAUCAGAAGCCAUCACUACCCCUGUCACCCGCACUGUCGUCGAUGAAUCUGAUAACUUUUUUAAUGCCUUUCUGUCACCUGGAGAUUCUCAAGCUGCGACCACAACUAAAGUUGUGUCUGUACCCCCUGCUAAGUCUCGGAGACGGCCUCAGGAGAAGGAGGAACAAAGUGAAACAGCAGAGCUUCAGGUCCAAAAAGAUGAACAGAGUCAAAGGCCAGAGGGACCUGCUGAUUCGAGGUCUGAGAGUCAGGGCAUUGCUGAGAAUGAGCCAGAGGACACCAAAUCAUCACCUGCGUCAUCGUAUUCCGACACUAUCCUCCUUCAGCCAGUUUCUCCUGUUUCUUCUCCCAGUGACCUCCCUUUCAACCCUGACAGUGAAACAAGCUGUGUUAAGACAGAUGCUGAGUCAUCGUUUUCUGUGGAGUCUGCAACAGAGCAGCUAGACUCUUCAUCUGAACAUCAACCACAGAAGGAUACCACAAACUCUUCUGAACCAUCUCCUUCUGAAGCAAAGAGCUCUACCCCUCCAGAUCCCUCGGCCUCGACACCCUCGAAGGAAGUACUUUCAGGUCAUAAAGACUUAAAGACGGAGGAUCGUCAGAAUGACACACCCUCCCCUCCUGUUAGUGCUUUUUCUUCAGGAACCUCCACAACUAGUGAUAUUGAAGUGCUUGACCAUGAAAGUGUGUUGAGUGAGAGCUCAGCCAGCUCUCGACAAGAAACUGGUGAGAGCAAAACUGGUCUUCAUUUAAUGCAGGGCUCCUUCCAGCUUCUCUCUGCCUCCACUUGUGGAGAUUUUCCUCGACUUGAGGACUACCCCAAACUCACAGAGAGCUGCGGUUCCUCCUCCGAUGCAUUUGAGCGUAUCGAUUCCUUUAGUGUGCAGUCACUGGACAGCCAGAGUGUCAGUGAGGUUAACUCAGAUGAUGAGAUCCCUGGCAGUCAGACUCUGGCAUCUGUCACUGCAGGCCCUGCUUCUUUGACAGAGACGUGUCAGAAGCAGGAUAAUCCAGUGGCAGAGAAUGUGGGGGAGGAGGAAGAGGAGGUCUACGUUGAGGCAGCAAGGGAGCAGUCUCUGGAUGAGAUGGAGGAAAGUGGGCGAAGUGUGACACCUGUGAACAGUGAGCAGCCUGAGGAACUGACAGAUCUGGGAUGUGAUGGUAACGUCACACAGUUGGAUUGUAGCUCUGAAGCUGAAGAAACGCGUUCUGCGCCAAUCACAGAAGAGAUGAAGAGUGUCUCAACUGUCCAGAUUUUAGAGUUUCAAAAGGUCAUCGAUGAUCUGUCAAGUCGUCUUGAGAAGAGGGAGUCUCAGCUGCUGGCUGUUAGCAAAGACAAGGCCAAGCUAGAGGAGGAGUGUGACAACCUAAAAGAUGAGCUAAUAAAUUUGAAGGAAGAGAGUUCCACCGUGCAGUCCUUACAGGAGGAGUUCACACAGCGCAUCGCAGAUGCAGAAAGAAAGGCUCAGCUGGCCUGCAAAGAGAGAGACAUUGCUAAGAAGGAAAUAAAGGGCUUGCGAGAAGAGCUUUCUACAAGAUUAAACUCCAGCGAUACGAUGGAGCUCAUCAGAGAUAAGGAAGAGCAGAUCAGAGGUCUGCUGGAAGAAGGCGAAAAGCUGUCAAAACAGCAGCUGCAGCAGAGUAACAUCAUCAAGAAGCUGCGUGCCAAAGAGAAGGAGAGUGAUGGAAAGAUCACAAAACAGCAGAAGAAAGUCAAAGAGCAAGAGGAUGAACUUAAGCUCCUGCAGCAGGUUUUAGAUGGGAAGGAGGAGGUGGAGAAACAGCACAGGGAGAACAUCAAGAAGCUGAAUGCUGUGGUGGAGCAGCAGGAGAAGGAGCUGAGCAGGCUGCAGCUGGACACCGACGAGCUGCAGGAGAAAAACAGGAGCCUUCAGGCUGCCCUUGACAACGCUUAUAAGGAGCUGGCAGAGCUUCACAAGGUGAACGCCAGCAGAGCCAGUGAGGCCGAGGAGGUUGCUCUGAGCAGAGAAACCCAAGCGAAGGAGCAGCUGAGUGUAGCUCUGGAGAAGGCUCAGGAGGAGGCGAGGAUUCAGCAGGAGGCACUGGCCAACCAGGUGGCUGACCUGAGGCUUGCUCUGCAGAGGGCCGAGCAACAGCAGGCAAGAAAAGAAGAUUAUUUGAGGGAAGAGAUCAGUGAGCUUCAGCAGAGACUGCAGGAGGCAGAGACAAGAAACCAGGAGCUCAGCCAGAACAUGACCUCGGCUACACGGCCUUUACUGAGACAAAUCGAGAACCUACAGGCUUCACUGGGCGGUCAAACUGCAUCCUGGGAAAAACUAGAGAAGAGCUUUUCUGACAGGCUUGUGGAAGCCCAGGUACAGCUGGCUGUAGCUGUGGAGAAAGAGCGAUCGGCAACAGAAGAACUGUUAUCUAUGAAGUCUCAGCUGGCCUCUCUGGAAUCCCAGAGUUCUUUGCUCCGUCAGGAAAAGGCCCGAAUUCUGACACAGCUGGAGGCUGAAAAAAACAAGAGAGAGAAACUGGAGGAUGAGAGCAGCAGGGAGCAUGCUGAAUUGACAAAUCUGCGAGGAGAGUACAGUCGCAUGCAAGACGAAACCAAAAAGGAAAAGCUGCUGCUGACCAACCAGCUUGAGAUGGAAAAGAUGAAGGUAGAGCAAGAGAAGAAGAAAUGCUACUUGGCACAAGAAGCGCUGAAGGAAAAGGAGCGUAAGGCUAUGACACACUCCGGCGAGCUCCCAGGCUCCUCCACCCCCUCCUUGUCCCGCUCGAGCUCCGUCAGUGGGGCAGAGAAUGCUGGGCUGCACAUCUCUGUUCUCUCCCAGGACGACUCUUUAGACCACUCUCUGGGAACCAUGAGCAUGUCGAUGAGUGGAACCAACCUGUACGAGGCAGCCAGACUGUCCGGAGGCUCCAGCAUCCUAGAGAACCUCCAGUCUCAGCUCAAACUGAGAGAAGGAGAAAUAGCCCAACUGCAGCUUGAGAUUGCUAAUUUGGAGAGGAGUCGCUCUGUGAUGGCAGAGGAACUGGUUCGACUCACAAAUCAAAACGAUGAGAUGGAAGAGAAGGUGACGGAAAUCCCCAAGCUGACGGUUCAGCUCAAGGACCUGGAGCAGAGGCACAACACCAUUCUGCAGAUGUACGGGGAAAAGGCCGAAGAAGCAGAGGAGCUGAGACUGGACCUUGAGGAUGUAAAGAACAUGUAUAAAACCCAGAUUGAUGAAUUGCUGAAGAAUCAGAAAUAAACUA